AUCGAUAUUUUAGUGUCUUAUUUUUAUCUAUUUCAAUUAAAAUAUAAUUAUUAUAAUCACAUAUUCAGCCAACUAUUGAAUAAGUCACCACUUACUAUAUUGAAAUCUAGAGGGAAAUUUCGAAUUCUGUAGGCUACUCUUUAUUUUGAUCUUUUAAUUCAACCAGAAUUAAAUCUACCUCCACCAUCGACCUACAAACCAACAAUCAACUUGACUGAAUCUGAACAUAAAAAAAGGUAACACUGACAGUGACAGAUUAUUGCUAUGACCUAUUUUUAUUAUUGUAAUUAAUCUCAGUCCUAAUUUUUAAUUUCUGCAAAAUGUUAAAGAUUUUAAACAAAUUUAAUUAAUAAUUAAAUAAUUUUUCUUGCAGAAAAGCUGGACUUUCUCCUGUACAAUUUUACUGAAAUUAUCUAGGCUACCUACUUUAAACUAAAUUUAUAUUUUCCGUCACGAUGAAUACACAGGUGAUUCCAACGCUGUACUAUCGACAAGAGGAUUCCAAAAACGUGACAUACUGUGUUCUUGCAAAUUUGAAGACAGAAACAGAAGACAUUGAUGAUGAUAAUCAGGAAAUCGAAGGCGAUCUAAAUCAAGAAUAUAAUUACGAGGUGGCGAAACUAGAGGAAGUGCCUUUGAGUGCCUGGUCUGGCUUGGAAGAGAUUGUUCAGAGCUCAGACUUGAAUCUGUCAAUGCUAAGCAGUGAAAAUACCACAAUUCACAACUCUGAAAAAGAAUCAGUUAAGGUUGAAGUGGAUGAUUUCUGUCAUGAGGAAGGUGUCAUCUUGAAUGUGAGCGAUCUGGUGACAAUUGACGGAACUACCAUUGAAGGACAGAUUGACUUCAGCGUCGAGGUCAAGGUUGAGGAUGAUCUUGAUACGAGCGAUACCAGCUCGCUACCCUUUGUUAAGGUGGAACAGAAUAUGUUUGUGAGCAAUGAGGUCGACGAAACGUUUGUCUGCAGCCGAUGUUCGUUCCGGUGCAGUUCGUCGUCGGCCUUCAAGACCCACCUUCAGUCGCACCUCGAGAAGCCCUUCAAGUGUCCCGUGUGCGACUAUCGCUGCUACAAGUCCUAUGUCAUGAAAACACAUCUACUCACCCACUCUGCUGAAAAACGCUACAAAUGCCAGUUCUGCGAGUACAGAUGUUCCAUGAUUUAUGUGUUGAAAACACAUUUGCGAAAGCAUACGGGUGAGAAACCGUAUAGUUGUGGCUACUGUGAUUACAAGUGUGCCGUGUCGUCUGCAUUGAAGCGACAUAUAACUGUACAUACUGGCGAAAAACGGUUCCAAUGUAGUUAUUGUGAUUACAAAUGCUCGGGACAGUAUGUGUUACGAACUCAUCUGCGUACGCAUACUGGGGAAAAACCUUACAGUUGCGCGUACUGUGAAUACAGGUGUGCCGUGUCCACGUCAAUGAAGCGGCAUAUGUUAGUGCAUACGGGAGAAAAACCUUACAAGUGUGCCCAUUGUAACUACAGGUGUGCCGUAUAUUAUGUGUUGAAGAAGCACUUGUUGACUCAUUCUGGUGAAAAACCUUUUAGUUGUAGUGUAUGUGGAUACAAGUCGGCGCUUAUGACAUCACUCAAACGUCAUCUGUUGACGCAUAGUGGCGAAAAGCGUUUCAAAUGUAGUUAUUGUGAGUUUAGGUGUACUGUCUCAUCAACCCUCAAACGACACAUGAGAAGUAGACACCCACCGACUUGUGAUCAAUCAAUAAAUAAUAAUGAAGUUAUCAACUAAUCA